AUGUCUUCCGGCAGCAUGGGCCCCGACUCGCCUGUCACAAUCAAGGUCUGCUACGAUGGCAACUUCCGCCGCCUCAAGCUUCCUCUGCGUGACAUGGUGCCCGGAACUCUCGAGCAAAAGAUUCGAGCUUUUCUCCUCUUACCCGCCGAUGCCAAAACUAUGAUGGAGCGCUACUCCGACUCAGCCGCCGCCUAUGUCUUCCUCGAGUCGUCAAAUCUCCCCGUCUACAAGCAGCUCUACCGUGCUGCCAAGGCAAAGUCCAAGCUUAAGCUCCGCGUUACGCUGCUCAACGGCCCCAAGAAGACAGCCGACAAGCCCGCAUCGCCCGAGAUGCGUGCUGUUAUGCCCGGCUCUCUCCCCGUUUCCUUGUCGCAGACUAGCCUGCCCAUCAGAUCUGCUCCCGCUCCCGCUCCCAUCAAUAAGACAUACGACGCUUCCCUCCUGACAGAGGCUGCCAAGCUCGCCAAGCAGCACGGAGAAGAGGACUUCACCGCUCGCCUCCACGGCCUCCUUCAGGGCACUACAUCGCCUGUUAACCAUGAUAACCAGCGCGCUCCGGCCCCAACUCCCGUGGCAUCCUUUGCCGUUUGCUGCAACAGCUGCGACCGUACCGUCCCAGAUGCCCACUAUCACUGCUCGUCUUGCGACGAUGGCGACUUUGACCUUUGCCAGUCCUGCAUCGACCAGGGCAUCACCUGCUACAGCGACGACCACUGGCUGAUUCGCCGCACCAUUGUCAACGGUGCCAUUGUCCGAAGCAGCACAGAAAAGAUUGCUCCCAAGCCCAAGUCCACAAGCCCCAAGCCUCAGCAGGCUCGCCUACCCACCUUUAUCAGCCGAGAGCCCACCAUCUGGCCAGAUGUCAAUAUCGUUCGCACUAUGGAAUAUAUCCGUACUUGCAACGGCUGCCUUCAUGAACUCGACGAGGACCAAUUCCUUCACUGCCAGGUAUGCGAAGACUUUGACUUGUGUAAGACAUGCUUCACAAAGGACGACCAUGGCCACCAUCCCGCUCACGGCUUUGCCCCGGCUGUGCCUGGCACGCAAAUGCCUGAUGAAGUCGUAUGCAAGCUUGCCCCAGGACGAAACAAGAUUCACCUGGCCAUUUGCGAUGGCUGUGAUAAGAACAUUUCUGGCGUUCGCCACAAGUGCUUGGACUGCGCCGACUGGGAUUAUUGCUCCGACUGUAUGGCCAGCGCAAGCUUUGUCCACCCCAACCAUCGUUUCGUUCCUAUUUAUGAGCCUCUGGCUGAUAUCAAGAGCUACGUUCCCGAGCAAGUCAUUCACAUGGGCACUACUUGCGAUGGGCCCCUCUGCGCCACCGCUGGCUGGCCCAGCUACAUUCGCGGAGCCCGGUACAAGUGCGCUGUCUGCCACGACAUCGACUACUGCGCCAACUGUGAGACCAGCCCCUCCAACACCCACGACAAGUCGCACCCCAUGAUCAAGUUCAGCUCGGCUGUCCGCCACGUCUCCGUCACCACCACUGGUGAGCAGGGCGACGGCAAGCCCAUGCCCACGCUUGGCGAUAGAUAUCUUGCCCGCCGCAACCCCUACGACAUCUUUGACAUUGAGUCUCAGGCCAUUCUUGCUCGUCUCACUGUCCAGCCUCAAGAUGAACUUGUUCCCUGUGAACCUAUCCUUAACAUUGAAAAGGUCAGGGCGAUUGAGGCUGCCAUGGAAAAGUCAAGUCGUAACUCGGAUAUCUCCAACGAAGCAGCUCCUGAGACAACCCCUGAAGCUGCUCCCGCUGCUGAAUUGAAGCCAGCCCAGGAAGCCUCUGUUGCUGCUUCUGCUACUCAGGAUACACCUCCCGAGAAGCUUGUGGCCGUCUUCGUGCGUGAGGCUGUGUCUGAUAGCACCAUCAUGGCCCCCAACCAAGUCUUUGAACAAACCUGGGUCCUCCGUAACGAAGGCACCACCUCAUGGCCUGCAGGCUGCGCUGUCCAGUACAUCGGCGGCGACUACAUGGGCCAUGUUGACUCUGCUCACCCUGCUGGCAUUUCGGAGCUGGUUUCCGCCUCCAAGUCCACCGUUUGCUACUCGCCCCUUGCCCCUGGACAGGAGUUCUCCUUUACCGUCUUGCUCCGCACACCCAACCGCACCGGCAAGUUCAUUUCUCACUGGCGCCUCGUUACCGAUAAGGACGAGAAGUUUGGCAACCGCUUGUGGUGCGAGAUUAACGUCCGCAACGUGAAGAAGGUUCCCCGUCACGCCUCUGUCAAGACCGAGGGGCAAGUCAAGAAGGAAGAGGUUGAACCAGCCAUGUCCGAAAGCAACAUGAUUUUUCCCAAGCUCGAGAAGGAGUCUCCUGUAGCCAGCAUGCACGAGAGUCUGCCCAGCCAGACACAUACUGUUGUGGCUGAGGACGAGGAAGAAGAAUCAACUGUCUCUAGGACCGCUGAGGGCGACUGGGACGAAGCCUCUGACGACGGGUUCAUGACGGACGAGGAGUACGACAUUCUGGAUGCCUCUGACGAAGAGUACCUAGAGGAGCACAACCGCAAGAUGGCAGCUCGCAAGUAA